AAGCUAUGUGUGGAUCUUCAUGGGGGCCUGUUUGUUUGUUUUUGUGUGUCUCUAGAUACACUUAAAAAACCUGUUAUGCUUCAACAAGAGAUUUAGUUUAGGGCAUGCCUUGACGUUCCUGUUUCCUUAUCUUCAGGCACUUAAUGAGGAGAGUGAAAGCAAACAUGGGAAGGUGCAGGAAGGAGAGGGAGAGGGAGAGAGAAAGAGAGUGAGAGAGAGAGCAAGGGAGAGAAGGACAAGGGAGAGAAGGACAAGGAAGAGAGAGAGAGGAAGUGAGGGUGUGAAGGAAGAAAAUGGUUCAUGUGUUUCCCAGCAAAGACUGCCGAAAAACAUGCCUCUUUCCUCUAGAAGAGAAUAUCUGAAGGAAGUCGCUAAAAACAACAACCGGGUGCAAGCAACUUUGUUUGCUUAAAGCACCGCCACGUUUGGGUCUGCAGAGUUCUUUGACAUGUUGGAGAAGAUGCAGGAUGACUACAUACCCUACCCACGAAUAGAAGAUGUCCUGGAGAAGGGGGGUCCGUACCCGCAGGUCAUCCUGCCCCAGUUUGGGGGCUACUGGAUCGAGGAUGCUGAGGCGCCUGUGGGUACCCCCACCUCGUCCGAGUCCAGCUUCUGUGAGGAGGAGGAGGUGGAGGACGGCGGUGGAGGAAGUGGGGGCAGCCCCGGCGCCGGUCACGGGUACCGCUUGGAGUGUAACGGCACUGCGCGCGCCUACCGCAAACACUUCCUUGGCAGGGAGCACAUGAACUACUACUGCACCGGCAGCAGUAUAGGACACCUCAUCAUGUCGCUGAAACAAGAGGAGGCGGAGAGCCAGGAGUUUUUGCGUAUCAUGCUCAGGGCGAGAACCAAGACUGUCCACGACAGGAUUUCUCUGGCAGGCCUCAGCCAGCUGCCCAGCGUACCUCAGAUAGCCAAGCUCCUGUGCGAUGACGCCACAGGCCUGAAGUUCAGCCCGGUCCUUUACCCCAGGGGUUCCCAGUUGAUAGUGGCUUAUGAUGAACAUGAGCUCAACAACACCUUCAAGUUUGGGGUCGUCUACCAGAAAUUUGGACAGACGUCAGAGGAGGAAUUGUUUGGAAACAACGAGGAAACGCCAGCUUUCCGGGAGUUCCUGGAUGUUCUGGGAGAAAACAUUGAGCUGCAGGACUUUAAAGGGUUCCGUGGGGGGCUGGACGUGUCCCACGGACAGACGGGCAUGGAGUCGGUCUACACCAUCUUCAGACAGCGAGAUAUCAUGUUCCACGUCUCCACCAAGCUUCCCUACACUGAGGGGGAUGUGCAGCAGCUCCAGAGGAAAAGACACAUAGGAAAUGACAUUGUGGCGGCCAUCUUCCAGGAAGAUGCCACUCCGUUCGUCCCGGACAUGAUCGCCUCCAACUUCCUGCAUGCCUACGUACUGGUGCAGGUCCAGGACCCAUGCACGGAAAACACCAUGUACAAGGUGUCCGUCACAGCCAGGGAAGACGUUCCACCUUUCGGACCUCCCCUCCCUAACCCGGCUGUCUUCAGGAAGGGUCCCGAGUUUCGAGACUUCCUGCUGACGAAGCUGAUCAAUGCAGAAAAUGCCUGCUACAAGUCAGACAAAUUUGCCAAACUAGAGGGCCGAACGCGGGCUGCAUUGCUGGACAACCUCCAUGAUGAGCUACACAGACAGAGCCAGGCCACGCUGGGCGUGAGCGUGGCUGGCGACGACGACCGGCUGGAGAACGGCGGUCACGGAGGGCUGCUGGAGUCCUUCAAGAGGGCCAUGCGUGUGCGGAGCCACUCCAUGGAGACCAUGGUGGGGCCACAUCGCCACCGCAGCCCCGGGGUGGGCGGCGGGGUCCCGGCCAGCCUCAGCGGGGGGGUGCUGCCCCAGAGCUCCAGCGAGCUGACCAAAAGCACCUUCAAUCCUCCAGUGAUGUCAGCCAAAUCCCCGCUAAAGAGCCCCGUGAAGCGCCGCUCUGGCCUCUUCCCCCGCCUCCACUCCAGCACGGAGAACCCCUCAGACAGACAGUCGCGCAGUGACCAGAAGCACCCGGAGGGCUGCUCGCUGUCACAGGAAAUGAGGUCAGAGACGUCCUCCAAUCCCAGCUCGCCGGAGAUCUGCCCCAACAAAGAGAGGCCCUUCGUGAAGCAGAAGGAGUGCAGCAGCCUAAGUGGAAGCACAGGGAGCAGGCCCAACAUCUCCCGCUCCUCCUCCAGCACCAGCAGCUUCAGCAGCACCACCGCCGAGACGGAGGCCCUGGAGGAGCUGGACAUAGCCUGCCAUGCCUCCAUGGCCUCCUCCCUGGUCUUCAGCCCCUGCCUCAGCACAGACAGCCAAGGAACCAGCACCCCGGUCAUCAUGUGCCGCAGUCCCACAGAUGUGAAAACUAAGACUUCUCCCAGGUCAAAUUUGAAGUUUCGAUUUGACAAGCUGAGCCACUCCUCUACGACCGAUGAAGCGGAACUACAGACUGUUUCUCAACAUUGGGAAACAACAAGGCUCAAGGAGCUAUCCUAGCGUUCAACAAACAAAAGAGUACCACAGACGACUGUAUAAGCCCACUGUCAACGCACUUCACUAAGCCAGGCGGCAUCCCUCUGAGAGACGGACGCACCGUCUGUACGCAGGGGGUCGGCAUGGUGAAUACUGUGAGAGUAUAUUCAAGACAAACUGGAGCGCAAGUUUCGCUUUUAUCCUUAGCUACAGAUAUCAAUGUUAAUGCCGAACUGAUGGUAUCGCCACAGGCUGCUUUCCAGUUGCCAAUAAAACUGUCGUUGUUCACACAUACAUACAAGCCAUUUGUCAACUGUGAGUGUGGAAUGGGCAGGACUGUCUAGCCUAGAGGUACGCAAACAGGGGAUUUACGGAUCAAUUAAGGAGAGACUUUGGCUGAACUGUUACUUGUCGUGUUAAAUGUAGAUUAAUUUAUACAAAUAACAAAUGCUAUAUCAAAUACAAAAACACCAGAAGAAUCAACUUUUUCCUUUGUCUCCCUGUAAUGGUGUAUCAGAAAGAAUCCCAAUAUAAAAACAUCCCAAAACGAUACCAUACAUAACACCCAUACUUGCUUAUAUAACACACAUACAGUACACACACCAUACAUGAUCUACACAAACACACACUGUAGCAUACUGCACAGAAGCAGCACUUCUUCCUAACCCCCUAGCCCUCUCCCCUGGCCUAUCUGAAGACCUUUAGCUCUUUGUGAGCCUCCAAGUGGUCCGGUUCUGUUUGUGACAUCAUGAGUACAGUGAACCUCACACUCAAGCCCUGCUAAAAUACGCUUAUUGCUUGUGCAACAUAAUUGAAGUACCCUUUCAUGGAGGUUCUUUAGGAAGGAGGGAGUCUGUUAGUGCUCAUCAAAUCAAUAGCUAUCUUAAAACUAUACAAUCCAUCCUAUUGUGCCAUUACCUUAUUUUAGCCAAAGUUGCGCCUUACAAUCUAUCUAAAAACAUACUUUCAGCAUCGGUCUCGUCUCUCUCUCCCUUGCUCCCUUCCUCUUUUGCUUCUCAUUUAGGAAGUAGAGGUACAUUUGGACCUGGUCGUAGUACUUAUGAGAGUUUAGCACGAAAUAUGCUGCAGAUCCUCGUUGCACAUUCUGAAACCAUGUUAGGAAAAUACAUCCCAAAUGCAGCUAUACGUACUUGUAUCUGUGUUAAUGUUUGAUGUAAUCUUUGCAGUUCUACUCGACCCACCACGUGGGAGAGUUGAACUUGAUGUGGCAUUCUAUGGUUUUUCGACCAGAUUGAACAUCUGUCUAAAACACCGGACUUGGGAGCUUUAAUAGAAGCACAUAGGAUCAUGCAUAUUAACGCUUUGUGAGUUUUAAGCUAAGCUCAACAUUUCUCUGAACAGAUUUGCAAAAGGCAAUUGCGGGCGACUACGGAAAAAAAACAACAGAAUAGUGAAUAGCUCGAGUGCAGUCUCGUUUAACCCAGAGGGGUGUAAAAUAAACAUUGCAAGCACAAGCAGCAAAGGAAGGGGAAAGCUAUUUCGUAAUUUGACCAAAUAACUCAAAAAUGUAUUUGAGAAAUACAGAUUCCGAGGCAGGCUACAAUAAUUGUGAAAUAAUUCACUGUUUCUUUCAGAGAGGGUUAAUCAUUUCCUCUCUCAGGGAAGAAGGCCUGCGAGAGUAAUUUUAAAGGAAACGGCUGCUGGCUAGGAAGUGUAGGUUCAGGGUACUUUCCUUUCUGGAGAAGUACUCAACAAGCAAACAGUCACAGAUAGCAACACUGUUAGUGUGUACACAUGUAUACACACUGAAGGCCUCUUUGUUUUAUUAUUUUCCACAGUAGAGGUUACAAUUUUGAACAGCAGGUGAGAAUAGGAGCAAUUGACGAAUAACAAGUCCUAUGUCUUUAUCAUUGUAGCGGGUAUUGCCUACACAGCCUUCUCUCUGUAAUUUAUUCAGUUAUGCCUUUUGUUGCAUUGAUGUCAUGUAAAAUAAAUGUAACUGCUGAGUAUGCUAAUGAAAGAUAUUAACGAAAUAAUUAAAUAUACAUUAAUUUAUUAGAGGCCUAAAAAAUGUAUAUGUAUAUUUGGUUAUGUAAUGUGCCAUUGAGAGUUUAUUCUGAAAUAAAAUGUUGUAUUUUGUGUCA